AAACAAAAGAAGCCCAUCUCCCAAUAAAAGAAGAAUACCCACCUCAUAAAAAGAAGGAAAUGGGCAGCACAUACCCAUCCAAAGACCAAUCUCAUUUCUUGACGAAAAAGCUUCUACCUUGGGCUAUCUAUUCUCUCCUUCCCUUAGCUCUCUUUCGCUUCUAUUACUACCCUCCUCUCUUUGAGGACAAGCCCUCUCAGAAUGAGUCCAUCAUCAUGUCUACCACAGCAAUCUCUUCUUCUCAAGCCACCGUCGAGAAGAUUGAGAAGAUCCAAUGCGAUUAUUCAAAUGGCGAAUGGGUACGCGAUACAUCAGGCACUCUCUACAAUGGCACAAGCUGUGGCACGAUCAAAGAUGGUCAGAAUUGCUUGAAUCAUGGUAGACCCGACGCAGGCUACCUCUAUUGGAGAUGGAGCCCCGCCCGGUGCAAGCUCCCCCACUUCAAGCCAUCCACGUUCCUCCGCCUCCUCCGAAACAAGCACCUAGCCUUCAUUGGAGAUUCCAUGGCUAGAAACCAGCUCGAAUCUCUCCUUUGUCUUGUGUCCAGCGCAUCUUCGCCGAAUCUCUUGUACCGAAGCGGGGAAGAUAACAAGUUCAGGAAAUGGAACUUCCCUUCCCAUAACGUGACCAUCUCCGUCUACUGGUCUCCAUUCCUUGUGAAGGGUAUAGAGAAAUCCGCAACGGGUCCCAAUCACAACAAGCUGUACGUGGAUUUGGUUGAUGAGAGAUGGGCGUCGGAAUUAGGCCAGAUGGACAUGGUAGUGUUCUCAGUAGGCCAUUGGUUCCUCCAUCCGGCCGUCUAUUAUGAAAAAGAUUCUAUCCUCGGCUGCCAUUACUGCCCUGGCUUUAAUCACACUGAGAUAGGAUUUUUUGAUGUAUUCAGGAAGGCUUUCAGAACGACGCUUAAGGCCGUCGUUGAUAGGAAUGAUGGGAAAGACAGGUGGGUGAUGGUCACCACCUUCUCGCCUGCUCAUUUCGAAGGUGAGUGGGAUAAGGCAGGCGCAUGUCCAAAGAAGGAGCCUUACAAGGAAGGGGAGAAGGUGGUGGAAGGGAUGGAUGCUGAUAUGAGGAAUAUUCAGUUAGAAGAGGUGGAUGUGGCUAAGAACAGGAUAGACACAAAAUUGAGGUUGGAGGCAGUGGAUGUGACCAAAUUGUCACUAAUGAGGCCCGACGGACACCCCGGGCCUUACAUGUAUCCUUUCCCAUUCGCCGACGGUGUCCCGGAGCGUGUUCAGAAUGAUUGUGUACAUUGGUGUUUGCCGGGACCCAUCGACACAUGGAAUGAGAUAUUGUUGGAGGUGAUGAAGAGAUGGGAGGGUGAAGCCAAUGGAGGAAGGUGAAAGAGAUGAGAAAUGAUCACAUACAGUGGGUGUUUGAACUUUCAUUUCCAUUCAUUUCCUUCCCACUAACAUGUCCAUGGGGAGAACGUUGGAUAUGUGCAGAAUGUGGCUGCACCAUGAUGAUGAAAUGGGGCUGAGCCACUCAUUAGGUGGGUCACACUAGCACAUGGAUUUUGGUGUGUGGGUGCAUGUGGAAUGUACAUUUUGAUAGUACUAGAAUUCUUUUGGCUGGUUUAUGUGUGUUUGUGUGUGGAGUAUAUUUUGGAAUUCGGGAGGAUUGGAUUUUGGCAGUCUUUGGGGAGAAAUGAGAGGCCGAGAGAGAUUGUUUUGUCAUGAGUGGAGGAUAGGCCAGAUGCUCCUCCACUAUUUGUCUCAAGGAAGAUUUUUCAUGGUGUAAAUUGUUCUUAGGCAAUUCUUUUAGAAUCAAUUCAAGAGACUUUCACCUUUUGGAUUCAGUUGUGCAGAAAUAAGGUAAAUUCAUCUCAAUAAUCUCUCUCUCUCUCUCUCUC